UUGGUUCGACUCGCGUUGUUGUUACGAGUACUACUAGUAGAUUUAGAUAGAUUUGUUGUAGUUCGUUCGUUCGGCGGCGUUCGGUGUGUAUUUUUUUUUGAAAAAAAAUCGCAUUGUGCGCAGGCGAUUUCGGUCAAAUAACCCGCGUUUUAAUUUCGCAGUUCGCACAUUUUGCCAAACUUUAAAAAUUCGAGUGAAUGGUGAUAAAUUAUAGUAAUUUGGCGUUAAACGGAUACGUGUUAGAAGAGCGUUCGCGAUCGGUAUCGAUUUGUUCGAAUGUAGUGUUGGAUGCUGUGCAUCAAAAUGCGGGCACCUUGAUGGCGUCAUGACAGAGCAAUGAGCGAGGGAGGAGGUGAAGCCCUGGGGCCCCCAUUCGCCAGUACCGGGGGCUUCCAUCCUUCACAACCCCCUACUCCGUCGUCGACAGUUCCAGAUGUUUCUGGAGCAGACCCCAAUUCGAAAUCAACGUCUUCCUCGGGUCUUCCGCCGUUCAGUUCGUUUACAGCUACGGAGUUAGCCGAAGGCCUCGGAUCUAGAUUAGGACCGGAAGGUUUCGGAACCGAAACUUAUACCGGUAGAUUAUUGGACUUUCACGGUUGGGGUUAUUACGAGGAAGGAUUAUCGGGUAGAUUGUUGGAUCGAAGUGACGGUGUGUCUAUGCUAAUACCUCAACCUCAGUAUAGACCGUGGGAAAGCAAACCAAUGGAAAGCAUAUCGCAAGACGGUUUUACAAAAUACGACUAUCCCGGAUCGCCGGCCAGUAAAUUGCCGUCGUUCCAGUCGCAAUUUAACACAUUCCCGGAUCAAAAUGGCGAAACUAUAUCGCUAACUACGCUGACGCCGGCGCCUCCGUCGCCUACUACGAAUAAUUCCGGUCUUCCUAGUUUUCAUACGUUGUCUACGGUUACGGUGAAUCCUCGUGGCUAUCCUCUAGUCCCUGCUCCCGUUCAAGCUCGAGAGAUUCCCACCAUACAGCAGCAGUUCCUGGAUGAACGGCAUAUUCACCUAUUCCAGUCACCAACUACCUUGAAUAAUGCUCAGUACCAUCCGGCCCUCGGAUUAACCUCCGGCAAUCCGCCCGGUAUCAUACAGGGCAACUUUGUAACCCAUCCGCAGCCGCCUCAACAGGCCACGCUGCUUACCAUCGUUAAGACUGAACCGGUUGCCAUCGUUAAUACGCAGCUUCACCAGCAACCUCAUAUUUAUCAAAAUUCCAAUACCAUGGAUCACGAACCAAUCAAGGUAGAAGAAAACUCAGCCUCCCCUAGAGGGUUACAAGAUUCGCGUAAAAAAGAACGUAGAAAAAUUCGAGCUUCGUCUAUGGACAGCUCGAUCGAAAGCGACGGCGUCGGUAGUUCUAGCGUCGAAAGCUCCGGCCAAGUGGCUGCUAUCUCUAGUACAGCUAGUUUCAAAUCACCGCUGAUGCAGCAUCAGAAUAUGGGUUCUAUGAAUGUGCCGGUCGGUGGCCCACACGGUGAAAAUGAAGAUUGCGAAAAUGGUACCGGUGAAAAACAAACCAAAAAGAAACGUAAACGGUGUGGUGAAUGUAUCGGAUGCCAGAGGAAGGAUAAUUGUGGAGAUUGUGCUCCUUGCCGGAACGAUAAAAGUCAUCAGAUUUGUAAAAUGAGAAGAUGCGAGAAAUUAACUGAUAAGAAGCAUUUAUUGUACCUGACCAAUGAUUUCCCACGAACGGAGAGUAGAAGAGGUCGCGGAAAAGGGACCCGUGCUAGUUACCGUAACAAGGGCGGAAGAGGAGGUGGAAACGCUAAUCAAAGUCAAGGUCCACCGACGCCGCAGCAAGCUCCUUCAUCAUCGGGUGCAGCAACGCCGCAACCAGCAGCUCAUCCGCAGUCAUCGACGAUUGUCGCUUUAAAUGGUAACGAUCCUUCGCCCAAUCCGACCAUGAUGACUACCGCCGAUCAUUCGCCGGGUUCUGUGAUGCCAUUUUACGGUUCGAACAUUCCAGCUGGUAAUGUAACUGAAGCAACUCCAGGCUUUCCUCAAGCAGUCCGAGAACACAGAUUUUCAAAUACAGUUUGGCAACAAGCGCCAGUACCUACAGAAGCAGCUGCAAUGAGUACUUGGCCUCCUCAAGGUCAGUUCAUACAGCAGUUACCGCCGCCGCAAAUCGACGAAUUGAGAUAUCAUCCGCAGUAUCCGCCCGGUGCACCGGUCACAGUGUCUUCGUAUACUCAGCCUACGCCAGGAUAUCAACCGGUACAAAGCGGUUUUUUACAGACCAAUGGUCCACCAUAUCAAACCUCUCAACCUCCGGCAGCUUCGCCUUUGCUUAACGGAGGCACACCGACUAGAAAUAACGUUACCGUUAAUGGUACCAUCGAUUACGUCGACGCCUCGCCUAGACCAACCGAAUACAUGAACGGCGCCUAUCCCGGACAGGAAACCACAUUAGUUCCUCAACCUUCCAGUACGCCUAAUAGUAGGUGUAGCUCUGUACAAAAUUUAGAUAAUAAUACCAGCGAUUCUGUGACCGGUGGUAUUCCUCCGUCUAAGACUCCGACUACAGUAAAUAACUACAUUCAACCAAUUGGUACUCCAUCCCAAGUAAAUAAUCAGGGAAACGCGAUGCCUGGAUACCCACCUCCACAACCUCCCCAAUCACAACAGAGUUUACGCAACUCUAGUGGGUAUCCAGGCCAAAAUUCACAAUCUGUAGCUCACAGAUUUAUGGGGGAGGAUAUCGCUAAACCGUCUUAUCACGCCACCAUGAACGACGACAAACGUAACAACACGCCGAAAGAAUGGUCUCAUCAAGACGCCGUUCAAAACAACCGCAAUAAAGUCGACCAAGGCUCGAACGCCUGGCCCAACACCAGCGUAUCUAACGAAGAAAAACAUAACCCAGCUAUAUACCAGACGUCCGAUUCCAGCCACGGUAAUGCUUACCAACGCGGCGGCGGCGGCGACGAUCGAACCAACGUCAAUACCAAGCUAAAAACCAUGAUUUUAAACAAACAACACACCAAUCAAAACCAGCAACAGAAUCAUUUCGCCGGCAAUCAGAACUAUCUGCAGAAUCAAGACAAUCAGUUCACGCAACAGCAGCAAAAAAUGUCCCAGCAGCAGUCGCAGCAGCAACAACAACAACAGUCGCAGCACAAUCAGCAGUUUUGUUCGACUCCUCAACCUAGUAUGUCGCCUGUUCACUCGCAGCAGCAGCAGCAACAGCAGCAGCAGCAACCUCAUCAGAUACCUUUAUCUCCUUCACAGAAUAUGCAAUUAUCUAGUCAGCAUUUCCAAUUCAAUAAUCAAAAUCGAAACGGACCGCAGCAGCAGUCGAUGCAGUCGUCGGAACAGAUGCAUCAGCAACAACAGCAGCAGCAGCGACAGCAACAUUUCCAGCAGCAGAUGCAACAGCAGCAGCAGCAACAACAACAACAACAACAGCAGCAGCAGCAACAACAAGCUUACCAGCGACAACUGCAGCAGCAAAUUCAACACGAACAGCAACAACAGCAGAUUAAUCAUCAGAUUCAGCAACACCAAGAACAACAGAAACAACAACAACAACAGCAGCAGCAGCAGCAGCAGCACCAGUUUAUGCAACAGCAACAUAUGCAUCAGCAGCAAAUACAACAGUUGCAUCAUCAAAUACAACAGCAACAGCAACAGCAGCAACAACAACAGCAACAGCAAAUCAAACAAGAAUCUAGUCCAAAACAUUACUACGAAAAUCAAAACAAACGAGUUGCUUUAGAUAAGAAUUUGGUGAGUCCUCAGCAUCAACAACAGCAGCAGCAAACGUAUUCGGCGAAUAUAAAACAAGAACCGCACCAACAACAACAGCAGCAAAAUUAUUCGGUGAAUAUAAAACAAGAACCUCAACAACAACAGCAGCAGCAACAAUCGAACUAUCAAACAACGACGAUAAAGCAAGAACCAGGAUAUCAGCAAGUCGUCCACCAGCAGCACGCGUCCAAGCAAUAUUUAGAUAAUUAUGGCAAUAAAUCUCAAAUGAACAACGGGAAUUUUUUAGCGCAAAGCCACCAUCCUCGGAGCUUAGCUACUGAGGGUGGUGGCUUUUGGGAUUUUUCUCCCACCGAUAAGAAAACUAAAGCUAGUAAAGUAUCCGCGCCUGUGGAAAAUUUCAAAUUCGUUCCCUCUACCGAUGCUCAGAGGAACUACACCGGGCCCAAGUCUAAUUUCAAGUACCCCUCGAAUAGCGGAACGUUCACGACGCCGACGACUACAGCGACGGUGACCAAAGAACCAACUUCGGUGAACGCGAUCGCCACACAGACGACGCCUUUCGAUAUCGACAUCAAAACGGAACCGGAACCGGUUACUAAGAAGAAACCAUCAAAAUCAACGAAAAAAGAACGCGUUUCGAAUUUCGCCCAACAAACCGAUAGCUCUUUUUGGGAGCCUUUAGGAGGCAAAGAGAAAGACGAAUGCGAACGCGAUAAUCAAUCGAUUAAAAAGGAUUUAGAGUUGAAAACAACGAACCAAGAAGGAGUUUGGUUCGGUAAUAAACUCGUUCCCACCAAUGAACCGAUACCUAUUGCUCCGCUUUUAGGUAGCUUACAACAAACCGUUAUACCGUUUAGUCAGCAUCCACAAUUGCAAAAUCCCGGUAUCAAUUACCUCGGUGGAGGUAGACAAGAUACGGAGGGAAAAAUCAACGAGCUGUGGAGUUACCCUUGUACUAAACCGAGCAUUCUGGAGCCUGUAAUGCAGCAUCCUCGCGAAGGAUGUUACGCUAAAAUGAAAACCAUCGACGAUAUUUUGGAUAUUAAGGGUAGUAAAAAUAACGACGUCGAAUACCCUGUGAAAAAAGAACCCAACGAAGACCUCGUGGUCGAUAAAAUCGACGCGAAUGUUGCCAAGAAGAUACAAGAUAAUAUCGAUAGAUUGAAAAAUAACAUCAAAACGGAAAUACCCGAAUGUGAUUGUUUUCCGUCCGAUAAAAUACCCCCCGAACCAGGUUCCUAUUAUACGCAUCUCGGAACGGCGGCCAAUUUAAGCGAACUACGUCUAGAUCUAGAACAACGUAUCGGGUACAAAGGAAACGCAAUUAGGAUUGAAAAGCUUCUUUAUACCGGAAAAGAAGGUAAAACUACCCAGGGAUGUCCUCUGGCUAAAUGGAUCAUUCGACGAUCGUCGCUAGACGAGAAAGUUUUAGUACUGGUUAAACACCGACCAGGUCAUAAAUGUCCAACUGCCUGGAUCAUUAUGGUUCUUGUCGCAUGGGAAGGUGUCCCAGUAGACGAAGCUGACCUACUUUACAACAUGCUCGUGCAUAAAUUGAACAAAUUUGGACUACCAACUAUGAGACGUUGUGCAACCAAUGAACCGAGAACAUGUGCUUGUCAAGGACUCGACCCCGAAACAUGCGGUGCUUCGUUUUCAUUCGGAUGCUCGUGGUCUAUGUAUUAUAACGGCUGCAAAUACGCGAGGAGUAAAACUGUCAGAAAAUUUAGACUUUCGGUUCGUUCUGAGGAACAAGAAGUAGAAGAUCGAAUACAUUCGUUGGCUUCGUUGAUAUCUCCACUUUACGAACAAAUGGCUCCUCUAGCUUUCCAAAACAUGACUCAGUUCGAAAACGAAGCAUCCGAGUGCAGAUUAGGCUCGAAAAAUGGACGACCUUUCUCCGGAGUUACCGCUUGCGUUGAUUUUUGCGCUCAUUCUCAUCGUGAUAUGCACAACAUGAAUAAUGGAUGUACAAGCGUGGUCACGUUAUCGAAACAUCGAAGUCUUUCAAAACCAGAUGACGAACAGUUACACGUUUUACCUUUGUAUACGAUAGACGAUACCGACGAAUUUGGCGAUAAAGAAAAUCAAUUGAAUAAAAUCAAAAACGGAUCCGUCGAAGUUCUGACAAAGUACCCUUGCGAAGUACGAGUACGAUCAGUACCUUUGCAGCCUUGUCGUCGACACGGUAAAAAACGUAAAGACGAAGCCGCAGAGUCGCUGGUAGCAGGUGGUAAAAAAGACACGAGUGGUACACUGAAUCCGAGACAGUCACCGGCCUCCAGACCUUCGUCGGUAGCUUCUGAUAACACACUGAGCUUCGAAGGAAUCGAUUCGCAGCUGCAAAGUUCCCAAGUAUCGUCGACCGUGCUGGACAGUCCGGUCUAUCACGCUUGGAACUAUAACCCAUCGAUUAAUCCGAACGUUACCAUUGAUACUAGUUCACCAUUAAUGAAACCAUCUUGGUUCCCGAUCCAUUCUCAGCCUCAGUUCACCUCCGAAUGGCAACCGACUACUCCGGAUAGCGUGACGAGCUGGAGUAACGCUCAAAACGACGCCGACAGCACGACGAUAAAUUCACGCUCCAGUUCGAGUCUUUCGAUAGCCGAUCCUAGUUUGAGGAAUCAAUUCGUGUCCAUUAAUCAGCCCAAGCCACCCUUUAGUUCGCCUAGUCCGUCGAAUUAUUCGCGAGCUUCGACUCCUGUAUCGAAUCGAACAUCGCAAUCGUCUUCGUCCUCGACGAGUAAUCAAUUCAGCACGUAUUCUCCUUCGAUGACUGAUUGGCCGAGCGGUAUCGAAAGUCGCGAAUCACCGUCGUGGGAUUUCAAUAACCCGAUGACUCCGGUAUCUCAUCGAGCGUCACCUUUCACAACGGUAUCCGGACGUAGAACACCGAUACGACAGUCUCCGAAUUUACAGUCGCCUUCGGUCGACUCGUUACAGAGUCCGAGCGAGAGAAACUUCCUCAAACCGUACCCACCGUCGGAUAAAAUCGAUAACGAGACUCUGCUCAGUCCCGGCUUAUCUUAUGGCAGAGCAUCGAAACGAAUCGACUUCGAUGAUAGAAAACCAGUCGCGUUUUCUAGAAGCAUAAAACCGCCGGAAAGUUCACCCAAGAUGACAGCUGCGAGUAAAAAUACCAACGAAAAAGGUACCUCGGUCGAUGCGAAUGUGUUUAAAACAGCGUCGAUUAAUCCGCUAGCCAUACCGCCGUCUACCCCGAUCGCUCCGUUACCGUAUCAACAAAAUCAAAAACAAGAACCGCACAGGUUCUGGAUAAGCCCAGAUGAUAUCAGACCGUUCGGAGAUACUAAUUCUAGUCCUGCCACCAGUCCUUUCGUACCGAUUAGCACACCGUACAGUUAUGGUUCGAGUUAUCCUUUCCAAAACGACCCACCGAAUUUAUACUCGAGCCAGUUCGGUGCUGCUCCAUUUGGUGCCACUCCUGAUCUCAGCAGUCAGUUUGCUAAAAACGAUGAUAAAAGUUUUUCGUCCAGUCCCAGUCCGUUUAAUAAUCAUCAGCAGUUUCCUAGAUGGGAUCUCAGUAGUCCUUCUCCAACAUGUAUACCAAAUGUGCCAGAAUCUCCGAAAACCGAACCGUUGGGCGAAGUGACCGAUUUUAUUGAUAACGAAGAAUGCUUCAAGGAUCCUCAAAUGGGCGGCGUAGCAAUAGCCCUAAGCCACGGCUCGGUGUUAUUCGAAUGCGCCAAACACGAGCUUCACUCGACCACAGCGCUGAAAAACCCAAACCGAAGACAUCCAAGCCGUAUAAGCCUGGUAUUCUACCAGCAUCGUAAUCUAAACCGUCCCAAACACGGUUGGGAAGAAUGGGAAGAAAAAACACGCCUGAAGAAGCUCGGUAUCAGCGGCACAGCUCCUUCGCCCUUACUACCGACAACUCCGACAACUUUAUCUUCAUCUUCAUCGUCUUCAUCAACCACAACCAGCGCAUCGACCAAUACAUCUCCUACGCUGCAAAGCACAGACGGCGGCAAAGCUAACGAGUUUGUUCAUUUAGUUCCUAAUGUUGUAGAUACAAAACCAGCUGGGCCGCCGUCUCCGCCGCCAUUCAUGUUAAAUACCGGCCACACCAGCGCUUUUAGCGCGAUUACUUGGACCACGUUGUUCCCAAUGCAUCCCUGUAUCAGCUCGGGACCAUAUAAAGAUAAGAAAUUGACCGAUGUAAGGUAAUUGUAACUUUCUAAUCAGGCGCCUACAUUCGAAUACUAGAUGCUGGCCAUCGAAUACCUGUACGUUUUCAUUUUCAUUAACGAACGUUGAUCUCUUAAAAAUAAAUUUUAAAGUUGCAAAAAAAAAAAAGGUUUUUAGUUUUUAAGCACGGUUUUUCGCGCAGAACAAUAUAAUUUUUUUAAUAGAUUUUAAUCGUUAUGUGUUCAUUAUGUUUACGAUACAGUCGUCGCUCAUCAUUAACCUAACCUCCCUCAAUAAAAUCCGAGCGUAUCAUAUCAUUUUUAAUACAUAAAAUUGAAUCUGCAGCAAUCUCGUAUUUUAACUCGUCGAUUUCAAAAUCAAAUCAGAUUAACUUUCUCGUACACGCGAAUCAGAUGACAAUAUGAUUUUUAUUUUUGUUCAUUUUGAUAUUAAUUCAUUUUACUUUAUUGAUUAUACAACUUUCAAGAUUUUUAUUUUCUUUUUUCGAGUUACUCGAAGACCGUUUUAAAUACGGUAUUUUUAUUGUUUUUAUUUUAUAUUUUUUUUCGUUUGUUUUAUUGUUUUUUUUGAAUUUUUUUUCUGAAAAAAAAAAAUAAUAAUAACGAUCAACGUUAGCAUUGAUAAAACUCUUGCCAUAUAAAAGCGUUAGAUACUUAGGGUUUUUUUUGAUAGAUUAAAAACCCACGUGGUUAAUUUUUCCUGUUUAUUCUCUUAUUUGUAAUAAUAUGUAUUAUAUUUGUGUGUGUUUUUCCCUAUUUUUUUUCCAUUUUGUACUAUUUUUAGAUUAGAAGUUAAUUUUUUUCAUUUUUUUUGUGUUUUCUUCGAGGAAGGAUAAUUUUUUCGGAUAUAUUUUUUUUCUUUUUGUAGAUUAUUAUUAUUAUUUGAUUAUUUAUUUUCCCUCUCUCUUUAUUAACGAUGAAAUGAUUUUUGUUAGAAUCCUGUUCGAAAAUCUUUUCUAAUGCUCAGAAUAGUUUGUAUAUGUAUCUGUGAGUGUGAGUAUGUGAUUUAUAAUACGUGUGUGGAUGCACAUGUGUUUUAUAUUAUGUAAGUUUCAUGUCCCUUUCGAUAUGUCAUCAGACUUCAAAAUAGAAGGGGAAUUUUAACACCGAGUUGGUCAUUUUUUGGUAUCACGAGGAGGUUGUUUUGUGAAAUAUGGGUUUCGAUGAAAAAAAAACUACACCCUCGUUACGUAUUAAUUAAUUACAUUCCUUCGAAACGAAAAAAAUAACGAUGAUGUUGCAAUUUUUGGUAUUUUUUUUGUUGGGUUAAAAAACGUCGUCGUAACGUUGGAAAAAAAUUAAAAUAAAUGAUCAAACCCUUUAGCAUUGUUGUAAAAUCAUUUGCAAGGCACACGUUGAACCAUUAUGUGAAAUUUUUUUUAUUCUUAAUGUAAGGUUUUUUCUUAUAAUUUUUUUUUUUAUAUAAAAUUUUGAAAAAAUGAAAAAAAUGUAUUUUUUUGUAAAAAAAAUCGACCAUUGUAAAGAUUGAUGUACUUUCAAUGUGACCCCGGUGACAAUCGAAAUUUUAAACGAAGACCACGACAUAUCUAACGAAUAAGGGGGGUUCGUUUUUUGGUCAUCUUUACAUCGUUAUAAUAUUUUCGUAUACGGUUUUUUGUAGGUAGAGCUACCGAAACUACAUAAAUAAUAAUUUUGUAGACGAAUAUCUCUGUACACGUAAAAAAUAUCAAUCUCGUAGUUGCGACGAAUAAAUUAUUCCAAAAUUCGAAGAUUUUUUCUGAUGAAAGUACGAAAAGAAUGAGCAAUAUUGAAAUUUAAAAAAAAAAAGUACGUCGAAUAAAAUUACUUUGUAAAUUGUGAUCGAAUGUAAGUGUGUUAUAUAUUGUAAGGAUUUCGUUGUAACAACCUGUUUUUUUCUUUUCUCUAUCUCUCUCUUACUCUCUCUCGUGAUUAACCAAUGAAAUAGUGAGCUUUUACGACAGUACAAAAUUUAUAUCAAAAAAAAAAAGUUUUACUGAACAUAUUUUUUUUUAUGUAAGCGACGAAUACUUAAGUUAUUGUAUACAAUUGUUUAAUUUAAUGCGUACUUUUUUUAUACGUAGUUAAGCUACAAGUUAAGUUAUGUGUGGAUGAAAGAAAAAAAAAAACAUCAUUUUUUUCCUCAGUUAAACUGUAAGAUUUUAAAUUACUGCGUAAGUUUAUUACCCCUGCAUAUGUUUCAAAAAACGUAUUGCAAUAUUUUUUUUAAAUGAGUUUUUUUUUAAAACAUGUGAACGUAUUUUUUGUAGGUUUUUUUUUCUUUAGGUUAAAACGACUGUGGAAGUUGUGUUUUGUCCCUAGUCACGGUUCAAGUUUUAUCUAUUUUUUUGUGUUUUUUUUUUUUUUUUGCAAAAAUAUGUAAAGUCGAAAUUACCAUAUGAAAUUUCCUAUCUAGAGAUUAGUUAGGGGUGUUAAUAUUAAUUUUUUUAUAUUAUAGAAUUAGUCUGACAUGAAAAUUUUUUUGCGGCGAAUGAUCUCAAACGUGUACAGUUUUUUUUUCUAAAAAAGAAAAUCAUCCUACUCCCCUAAUAUUACCACCAUCGAAGAAUUCCAAUCAGUUGAAAUGUAUUUUUAAGGAGUUUUUUUUUUUUUUUUUUUGUCGCUAUAUCAACGUAUGUGAGUAAUCGAUUUUAAAUUCCAGUUGAAAAUCAUUUUUAUAUUUGUAGUAUUUUUACAUUUUAAUCGAUGUAUUUUAUAUUUAUUUAUUUUUGUCGUAAUUUUACUAUUGGUACUUUUUUUUCGUAAUAUUUAUUUCGAGUGUUCGGUUUUUUAACACGAUACAAAGAAGGAUAAGUGUAAAGUAAGAAUUAAUGAAACACAUACCAAAAUGAUUUGUAUUUGUUUAAAAUCUGAAUAUCAAUAAAUAUUAUCAUUUGUAUAAAA